AUGACACGACUCCUGGACGCAAGCUUUCUGCUUUUGCCGGUCAUCGCAUCGGCAUUAUUCGGCACUGCUUCCGCACAGACAUGUGCAACUAAGGGAAAGCCGGCGGGCAAGGUUCUUCAAGGAUACUGGGAGAAUUGGGAUGGAUCAAGUAAUGGCGUUCACCCCCCAUUUGGAUGGACACCUAUCGAAAACCCUGUGAUCGCACAAAAUGGCUACAACGUGAUUAACGCCGCUUUCCCAGUCAUCCUCUCAGAUGGUACCGCAUUGUGGGAAGACGGCAUGGAUGCUACUGUUAAAGUUGCGACACCAGCCGAAAUGUGCCAGGCCAAAGCAGCUGGUGCCACUAUCCUCAUGUCCAUUGGAGGUGCUACUGCUGGCAUCGACCUCAGUUCUAGUACUGUCGCCGACAAGUUCAUCUCGACUAUCGUCCCAAUCUUGAAGCAGUACAAUUUUGACGGCAUUGACAUCGAUAUUGAGACGGGAUUGGUUGGAAGCGGCAGCAUCGGCACCCUGUCAACGUCACAGGCCAACUUGAUUCGCAUCAUUGAUGGUGUCCUUGCACAGAUGCCUUCCAACUUCGGCUUGACAAUGGCACCAGAGACGGCGUAUGUGACAGGUGGUAGUAUUGUGUACGGAUCCAUCUGGGGUUCUUAUCUCCCAAUUAUCAAGAAAUACGUCGACAAUGGCCGGUUGUGGUGGCUGAACAUGCAAUACUACAACGGCGACAUGUAUGGUUGCUCCGGCGAUUCAUAUGCGGCCGGCACCGUUCAAGGUUUCAUCGCACAAACUGACUGCUUAAACAAUGGCAUCACUAUCCAAGGCACCACAAUUAAGGUUCCUUACAGCAUGCAAGUUCCUGGAUUACCUGCGCAAUCUGGCGCUGGUGGUGGCUAUAUGACCCCAAGCUUGGUAGGCCAGGCAUGGGAUCACUAUAACGGCGCUCUUAAGGGCUUGAUGACGUGGUCAAUCAACUGGGAUGGAUCCAAAAACUGGACAUUUGCCGAUAAUCUGCUUACAAGGAUUUAA